AUCUCGUCUCAAGAAAAGGACAAGGCACAAAAGAUUCUGGACGCAUGCAUCAAGAAUCCGGACAAUCGGCACUGCGCUGACUGCAAUGCACUGGGUCCUCGUUGGGCUUCGAUGAAUCUUGGUAUCUUCGUCUGUCUCAAUUGCUCUGGGAUCCACAGGAGGCUCGGUGUUCACAUCUCCAAAGUGAAGUCUGUGACUCUUGAC